CACUGCUGGUCACCAUGCAUUCAGCUGUCCUGGCCACGCUCUUCUUGUUGAACUGGAUUCACUGCUGGUCCCUGCCGCUUUUCAAUGGCGAUGAUGAUGAUGACGUGUCUGAGGAAGACCUGGAGUUUGCAGAGCACUACCUGAAGUCAUACUAUCAUACUGUGCCUCUCGCGGGAAUCCUGCAAAAGUCUGCAGCGACCUCCACAGUUGACAGGCUCCGAGAAAUGCAAUCUUUCUUUGGCCUGGAAGUUACUGGCAAACUUGAUGAUCCCACCUUAGACAUCAUGAGGAAACCAAGAUGUGGAGUCCCUGAUGUGGGUGAAUACAGUGUGUUCCCUCGAACACUCAAAUGGUCCCAAACGAACUUAACUUACAGAAUUGUGAACUAUACCCCCGACAUGCCCCAUUCUGAAGUGGAGAAGGCCUUCAAAAAGGCCUUCAAAGUCUGGUCUGAUGUGACACCUCUGAAUUUCACCAGAAUCCACGAUGGCACUGCUGAUAUCAUGAUAUCUUUUGGAACUAAAGAACAUGGUGACUUCUACCCAUUUGAUGGACCUUCUGGUCUUCUGGCACACGCCUUUCCUCCUGGACCAAAUUAUGGAGGAGACGCCCAUUUUGAUGAUGACGAAACCUGGACAAGCAGUUCCAAAGGUUACAACUUGUUUAUUGUUGCUGCCCAUGAACUUGGCCACUCCUUAGGUCUGGACCACUCCAAGGACCCAGGAGCCCUGAUGUUUCCCAUCUAUACCUACACGGGCAACAGUCACUUCAUGCUUCCUGAUGAUGAUGUUCAAGGAAUCCAGUCUCUCUACGGUCCAGGAGAUGAAGAUCCCAAUCCUAAACAUCCCAAAACACCAGACAAGUGUGACCCAGCCUUAUCCCUUGAUGCCAUUACCAGUCUCCGAGGAGAAACCAUGAUCUUUAAAGACAGAUUCUUCUGGCGUCUGCACCCUCAGCAGGUCGAGGCAGAGCUGUUUUUGACAAAAUCAUUUUGGCCAGAACUCCCCAACCAUGUGGAUGCUGCAUAUGAACAUCCAUCCCAUGACCUUAUGUUCAUCUUUAGAGGUAGAAAAUUCUGGGCUCUCAACGGUUAUGACAUUCUGAGUGGUUAUCCCAGAAAAAUAUCUGACCUGGGAUUUCCAAAAGAAGUGAAGAGGCUGAGUGCUGCUGUGCACCUCGAGGACAUGGGCAAGACUCUCUUCUUCUCUGGGAGGCAGGUGUGGAGAUAUGAUGAUGCUAACCAGACUAUGGACAAAGACUAUCCCCGAUUCAUAGAAGAUGAAUUCCCUGGAAUUGGCGACAAAGUAGAUGCUGUCUAUGAGAAAAAUGGCUACCUCUACUUUUUCAAUGGGCCAAUACAGUUCGAAUACAGUAUAUGGAGUAAUCGCAUUGUGCGAGUCAUGCCAACAAAUUCCUUACUGUGGUGUUAAGCAUCUUUUCAAGAUUGUUAUUUAACUCCUGGAGAGCAUUUUGAAUAACCAUUUCAGACAUGGGGCGGGGGUGGGGGACACUAGAAAGCUUUGUUCUGGAAACAGGCUUCAGGAAGACACCUUGGUGUGUGCAAUAUCUGCGUGACUAGUCGUGGCUGGAACCACACUGAAGAACUUCAAAGUAAUGAAACUGAGAGAUCGCCUUGUUCUUGUGUGCUGUGAAGAAACAAGACGAAUAUUUUCCUAGCAAACACGAGAUCCAUUUGCUGAUGAGAGGGAACAUAAUUACUAAUAUAUUUAUAAAAUAUCCUAAAAGGCAUAAAAUAAAUCAUAUUUAUAUAACUAUAAAUUGUUUUUACAAAAUAUAUAAACUUAGAGAAGCAAGGAAAUUUUGGGGAGUGUAUGGCAGUUCCAGAUGAACACAGAAGAGGGAACCACCUUAAAACACAUGUUAGCAGACAUUUUUCCAAUGGAGUGAUUUGCUCUUUGCAAUGUGACUAUUCAUACUUAAACCUAUUUUUAUACAAACACUGAGAAAAUAUCUAAGUCACUAAAGAAAAGGGAUAAUGGCCACUAUGGGGACAGUAUAAGCGGCUUUGCAUUAGGCUUAAUUUUCAUUUUGUUCAUCAUUCAAGGGUUGUGCAUAUUAACAGAAGAUAAACAGGGAAUCUCCCUUUUUAUUUAAGUAUUUCAGGCUUUUAGUAGGCCAUAGAGUAAAAAAUUAAAAUUGUUAUAAAAUGCCUAAGCAAUAGUAUAGCUUUCAUAAAUUAUUUGGUUACUUGAGAAUGGAUUAGUGUUUCAAUCCUAUUUAUCUAUGUAAUUGUUUUACUUAUCCAGUUUUAAUACCUAGACUCUUUCUCAUGGCUUCCAACUAAGGCAGACCUAGUAAGUAGGAGUAGAUGUGCUAAGUCAGCCAGAAUACAGAGGUGCCAGCUGGAUGGUCACCCUUAGGAGACUCAGUCUGAGCUCUGCCUUUGUUUGUUAAUUCCUCAUUGCUUAUCUUAGUGUCUAGCACUUGGCACUUACUGGUAUGCGAUGAUCAUCAAGAAACUAUUGUGCCGAGAGAUCGUGUUUAUCACACUGGGCAACAGGGAAGAAGUGUGUAUUUGCACAAUGUGCUUAUGCCUUUUCUAAUAAAAAAGUGUUUUC